CUACAUUAACUUGGGUUUAUUUUUUAAACUUGUUUGCGUCCACACUAUAUGUGGUGUUAAACGUGAAUUAUGUAAAGGUCAAGUGGUUUCUGUAAUGUAGCAUUAAAACCACCUCGGGAGGUGGUUUUAAUGCUAUAUUAAAAAGUAAUACUACAUUAUUUUACAAGUGUGAACGCAAAUGUGAGUUAAAACGGUUUUACAAUCUAUUUAUUGCUUUCCCCCCAAAAGUCUGACAUUUUGGCGGGAGAAUACCACGUGUAAAUAAUGGAUGCUAUGGCUGUGGAGAGUAGCAGGAGUAAUUGGAAUGUUACAGAAACCAAGACAUUAAUUGCAAUAUGGGGUCAUGAGGAUAUUCAAAACGGACUUGAUGGCAUGUAUAGAAAUGCUGAAGUAUAUGUGGAAGUGUCUAAGAAAAUGCAAGAAAUGGGCUUCAAAAGGAAUGCACUACAAAUCAGAAGCAAAAUCAAGCAGCUAAAAAAUGAUUAUAAAAAAGUAAAGGAUAGUAAUGCACAAUCUGGCAAUGCAAGAAAAACAAACAGAUACUUUGAGGAGUUAGACAGGAUACUUGGUCAUCGUCCAGCAACAAGACCAUCUUCUGUUUUAUCAACUUCAACCACAGAAACGGACAUUUCAGAUCAAGAGAAUGUGAAUACUGAUGAAGAGCAGGAUAGUGACACCAAUACGGAUGGAGGAGAUGGGACUGAGGCAAAGAUUGUAGAGCCUUCUGAUGGGCAAGCCAAACAAAAAGAGCCAGCUGCACCGGUUGUAGAACUUUCUGAUGGGCAAGCCAAACAAAAAGAGCCAGCUGCCAAAAAUACGGAAAAACGCAAUGGAAACUUCAAGCUGAUCAAGAAGAAAAAAAUUUCAAGAGCAAAGGAAAUCCAACAAACCAGAACAUUCAUUGAGGAAGCAUUGCAGUCACAAAAAAAUGAUUUCAAAGCAUUUAUAGAACUUGAACAGGCACGCAUGAAGCAAGAAAAGGAGGUAGAAAUCGAGCGAAUGAGAAUGGACAACCAACAGCAACAAACGAUGAUGCAAAUGAUUAUGGCUUUGAGAUCACAACCAAUUCAACAGACAAGUCAACAAUUCUUAUACUCGCAACAACAAGCUGCUGGAAAUGUGUCAACAUGUCAGCAAUCCCCAGCUUCGUACUCGCAACAACAAGCUGCUGGUAAUGUGUCUGCAAGUCAGCAAUCCCCAUCUUCAUACUUGCAACAACAAGCUGCUGGAAAUGUGUCAACAAGUCAGCAAUCCCCAUCUUCAUACUUGCAACAACAAGCUGUUGGAAAUGUGUCAACAAGUCAGCAAUCCCCAUCUUCAUACUCACAUAUGCUUGCUUCUGAGGAUGUUCCAUUUAUAGGUCAAGCUUACAGGAACAUGUACCAGGAUGAAUAUUAUGAUAGCCAGUGAACUGAUUUUUGUCAUAUCAAUUCUAUAAUGUUUGAGUUGGUAAAGGUAUUUUGACUGAAGGAGAUCAUAUAACAAGCUAUAGUUUAUAUUUCUAUGAGAACAUUAAUAAACAGAGAGCAAACUUUAAUAAUGACUAAUCCAGUAUUAUAACAAACAUUUGUAUGACGAAUAUCAUCCAUUUUGAACAUAAUGACUUUGCAAGGGAGAAAUUUUUCUGUCUGAAAUAUAGCAGUUUACGUUGAUAAUAUACACCUGCAUGUUUACCAUGUUUUGUUUUUCAGUUCAUUAUUUCAUUUAAAAUGUAUACAUGUAUGCCAUGUGUACUGAUAUUCAACAUAGCAAAUUUGACACUAAUAUGCUGAAUAUCAGGUAUAAUAUGCGUGAUCGAGAUCAUAUUUUUUACUUUUGUAAUCACUUUUGUAAUCGAGUAUAUCCAAGAUGUACACAAUUAUUAAAAGGUAUACACAUUACA